AGUUGUGAGUGGGGUAUCCCUCCAGGUUUGUACCACUCAGUGCCAUUGAGUAUUUUGUUUUUGAGCUUAGAAGCAAAGCACAAGAGGAAAACCUCUCAAGAAAGAGAUAUAUAUAUGUAUAUAUCAGCAAAUUAAGUUGAGUGGUCCUUUGGUGAUUAGCUUUACGAUAUUUGUGAUGACUUUGGUCCAGGUUUGGUUUUUUUAGAAAGUAUCAAUUUGAAGAUGUAUGGAAUGCCUUUAAUGGACUUCAUCUAGAAAUCGAAGAAUUGGAGUUAUAGAAUUGGGUAUAACCAAGGUUUGGCUGAGUUCCAAGAACAAUCCACUGGAAAGAAUUCCUGCUAUUGGUGUGAAUAUCCUUUGCUUGUGCAAAAUUCAAGAACAGGUUUUUGCUUGAUGCGGUCAUCUCAGAAACAUGGAAAUUCAGAUGGGUCCCGCAGGUUCUAUGACCAGCGUGUGCAAGAGCCUGAGUCCUUUUGUUCGGUUUCUUCUGAGAGUCUAGAUCACCCUAUAUGCUCUGAUGAUGGUAGCCAAGGAACCCACAUUUCUGUUCAGACUCCAGAUCAGUAUUGUACCUUUGAACCAGCCACUGCAAGUGGUGGUUAUCCUGUUCGCAAUUCUCCGUCUACUGUCAGUUUCUCACCCAAUGGAAGUCCUUUGUCACAGCCAGAUUCUCACUCAUACCCAUCUGAUGCCCACCACUCCCCUGACAAUACUUACAGCUCACCAGUAGAUGAUGUUAACGACCUGAGGCAUAGGAUCAGAGAACUGGAAACUGCUAUGCUGGGACCUGAUUCAGAUAGCCUUGAAGUGUACAAUACUGCCAUUCUGAGUGGAUCGAAUCAAGAUUCAUUAGAAGCAGAGAAGUGGAAAGAAAUUAUAGAGAUGCUCUCCAGAAGGGACUUGAAAGAUGGGCUAACUGCCUGUGCGAAAGCGAUAGCAGAUAAUGAUCUAUUAACAGCUGAAUGGUUAAUGUCAGAGUUACGUCAAAUGGUGUCGGUUUCUGGUGAGCCAAUACAACGUUUAGGAGCGUACAUGUUGGAAGGGCUCAUUGCUAGGUUGGCUUGCUCAGGAAGCUCCAUAUAUAAGUCCCUAAGGUGCAAAGAGCCUGCCAGUGCAGAACUCCUAUCAUACAUGCACUUGCUCUAUGAAAUUUGCCCCUACUUCAAGUUUGGAUAUAUGUCUGCAAAUGGGGCAAUUGCUGAAGCCAUGAAAGAUGAAAACAGAAUACAUAUAGUUGAUUUUCAGAUUUCUCAAGGCAGCCAGUGGUUCACCCUAAUCCAGGCUCUUGCAGCUCGGCCCGGUGGACCCCCACGGGUGCGUAUCACUGGAUUCGAUGAUUCCACUUCGGCCUAUGCUAGGGGAGGAGGACUUGAUAUCGUGGGACAGAGGUUAUCUAAACUUGCAAAUUCAUGUAAUGUACCAUUCGAGUUCCAUGCUGCAGCCUUUACAGGUUCUGAGUUUGAUAUAAAAAAUAUUAGGAUUCUGCCUGAUGAAGCAUUGGCUGUGAAUUUUGCAUUCAUCCUCCACCACAUGCCAGAUGAGAGUGUGGGCACUCAGAAUCAUCGAGACAGAUUGUUGAGGCAAGUUAAGAGCUUGUCUCCUAAGGUUGUGACUCUCGUCGAGCAAGAAUCUAACACCAACACUGCUCCUUUUCUUCCUCGUUUCCUUGAGACAAUGAACUAUUACUUGGCUAUUUUUGAAUCAAUUGAUGUGACUCUACCGAGGGAGCAUAAGGAGCGAAUCAAUGUUGAGCAGCAUUGUCUGGCUCGGGAGAUUGUCAAUAUAAUAGCAUGUGAAGGGACUGAGAGAGUGGAGCGACAUGAGCUUCUUGGAAAGUGGAGGUCACGGUUUGUUAUGGCUGGGUUUACACCGUACCCUCUGAGCUCCUUAGUAAAUGCUACUAUCAAGUGUCUGCUGGAGAACUACUGUGAGAACUAUAGGCUCGAAGAGAGAGAUGGGUCUCUAUUUCUUGGCUGGAUGAAUCGAGACUUGGUAGCCUCUUGUGCAUGGAAGUAAAACUCAAACUGUAUUUGGUGCAUGUUUUGUAAGUUUCAAGGUGGUAAAAUCAGGUACAUCUUUUUUUUUCCUUUUCUUUAGAGAGUCGUCAUGUUUCUACCAGUCGUUUGUAGACCAUCAAUUUACAGUCUUUUUCGGAUUAUGUUUCAUUUGGUAAUAAAUAAGCUUUUCUCCGGUCA